CAAAGAUCUAGCCUCUGCAAGAAACGUUACGAAGCCGUUCAAAAUCACAAUCCUACAGAUGCCGAUGGAAAAGCCAUAAAAGAAUCUAUAGUCAAAUACUCGACCGACAAGCUUACAGCUUAUUCAAGCUUUCGGACAGAUACUUGAAUUUAUGCCCUGUGCAAUCACUGGGACGGCGCGAUCGCGCAGAGCGGCAAGGCAGAGUAGUUCAAUUUCAGGCAUCUUUGGCUGGUUGCUGGUAACACUUCAACUUUUGACCUCGGGAAAAGGCGAGUUCGCAAAGUUCACUGCUAUCAAUGAAUCAAUGUACCAUUACGACAAGACUAAGGCUGUGUUGGCCGCCAAGUGCCAUUUGAACGAGUUCCGUUCAUGCACCAAUGAUGCUACAACGCGAAAUCGCCAAGGUGUCUAUGUGCUGCAAAACGUCUACCAAAUGUCGUACCCGCGAACAAGUCGAGAAAUCCGCAAUAAGGCCAUUCAAAAUCUUGUCAAUGGUUUAGCUCUCAUCGAAGUAUGUGGAUUGAGAGAGUUCCCAACGAUAUAAAUGAGGGAGAUUUUGCCAUUUGCGGAGGAGGAUGAUUA